AUGACUUCCGAAGGAGACGCCAAAGCCACUAUGGAUCAGGGCUACCCUGUACAUAUUGGCGCGUGGACGAACUGGUCCCGUGGGUCAAUCAUGGGCGCAACUGUGACAUUGACACGACAGGAUGCUGCCUUGGUCAUCGCGUUUACCAGCACCUUUCUUGCCUUUAUUGCAACCAGAGUUUGGAGACUAUUCUGCUUCGCCCUGCACAGAUACUAUUCUGCUAUGGGUCCCCAGGAUGCUACAUAUCACCAAAUGCAAGCAAUCUUACGCAACGCUGCAGCACCUGAGGAUGGCAUACGGCUCUUCUUAAAAUUGUUAUCGAUGAAACACCGGCGAACAAAACGUUAUCACCAGUUACUCUUCUCCGUUACUUCUGGUAUAAUUCUCCUGAUAUCGUUCACUGUACUGGGUGGCUUUUCUUCCAGCAUCGCCACAUCUGACAACGAGGUUCUUAUUCAGAGUGCUGGAUGUGGAUACUUAUAUUCAGACAAUAAUUAUUUCUUCGAACGCAGAAGUUACAGCGGCAAGAAGAUCAAUAAUGCGGCAAACUACGCUCUGCAAUGUUACUCGAACCAGGACAGUCAAUUUGACUGUGACCGUUUUGUUAUGGACCGGAUUACCGGCAACGUCGAUCUGAACGCCACUUGCCCUUUCGAUAAUACGAUAUGUCUGAACCAAAGGGGGAAUAUACACAUUGAUAGCGGAUUCAUCAACAGCCAUCUACAUCUCGGUUUCAACGCUCCCACGAAAGAGAGAAUCUUGUGGAGAAACGUUCUCCAUUGCGCACCAUUAACCACCGCAGGCUUCACAAGCGUCGAUACUAAAACCCAACCAAACGAGGCUGUCUUUCACUACGGCAACAUAACAACACACACUGGGAAGGCGGACUACAUAUUCCGGAUCCCUGACUUGGACUCCCAAUACAGAAAUUCCUUAUCCGAUGCUGUACUGUUGACCGAUGUAAACUACAAAGUGAAUUCUCUCGUUGCCGAGGUCAAAAAUAGAAGUAUUUACGAAAUCAACUCGGAUUACAUGCCAAUUGACGCACUCAUACGGGCGGAUGCAGAUAUUCAUCUCGUAUUCCUGGCAGGAAAUGGAGUCGUCUUUAGUGAGCAUACAGACGACGCGUGGUAUAAUGUGUCGGCAACAACCACAGAGGUACCAAUUGUUCUAGCAGGUGAACCCGAUACUGAACAGGUAUACUUCCCAAACGCACCAGCUUCCCCUCUCGGAUGUGCCAGCCAACACCAAUUCUGUAUAACCGAUCAUCCCGAUAGCUGCGGCCCCUUGGCUAGUCUGAGAGACGCAAUCGCUGGUGCUGCGCCCCUUUUCGACACUACAUAUGCCGAGAUUGCCAAUAAUACCGCCACAUCGGAAAAAGCUGCUCGAUUUACGUACUUCGCGAAUCCUUUCUUUGCCGUCGACCGGGACGUAAGCGGUAUAUUGGGUCAACUAGGAUCCAGAGCUCUUCUUUCGCAGCAAAACAUGUUUGCUGGUUUUCAAGGUCCAUUGGCGUCAAAUCAAUGGCAGCUGGACGUGAGCCACUGGUGGGAUAUAUCCAUGGCCGUUGCCCAAUCUAUCUACAUUGACAGCGCCUACGGCCUAAGCGAUCCGGUCCUAGAGCAGUCGCGCAAGAAUUACACGGAAUCGUAUUUCAACAAUGUGUGCCAUAACCAGAAGAUUAAAAGCACUGCAUACACCUCCUUGAGCAUCUUUGGUCUCGUUUUCACAUAUCUCGUAGGCUUUCUCCUGGCGUUGGUAUCUUAUCUAGUCGAGCCAGUAUCUGCUUGGCUUCAUAAACGGCGAUCGUACGGGCAGUACAAACAUCUUGAAUGGACCACCAACGCAACCUUACAGCUUCAACGCCUAGCUCACGAAGGCAUUGGACAGGGUACUUGGUCUAAAGGUGCGGAAACUGUCCCAGUAACCAAAGAAGGCGAAUCUCUAGCGUUGCUGGACAUUUCCAAUCAGGAACAUCCUGUGUUGCGGCCCUUGAUCGUAGGCAACCAACAAGAUAGUCCAAGUUAUAACUCGUGCUCGAAAGAUGGAAUGGGCGCGAGAAGUGAAAGAAGUAGUCGAUAG